UAUUUGUCGUUGCGAGAGUUGCGAAGCUCUUCGUCGCGCCUAUAUUAAUGUGUGCGUGUGCAUGUGCGUUUGUACUUGGUGUGCUCGCUGCGUUUAAUACAAACUUAUACUAUAAGUUGGCUGUGCGUCAUAUACGUAUAGGACAUCCGUUCGAUCGAUCGUGCAUCGUGUAAACAACAAGUGCCAUAAGAUCCCACGUGCUGUGUACUGCACAUUGUGCUGCUGCUGCCCUGCGAUCGUGUAUACGCACAAUAUAGAGAGAGAGAGAUACCCACGAUCCUCGUUACGAAUCCAACUACGCUGGACAGAUAACUGCACGGGAGAUUCCGCUUUUUACAUGGCAAUUCAUGACAGAUCACGUACAAAAUGGCUGAUCAUCGCACGCUCGUCGACCGUUUGUUUUGGAUUACGCUCCUCUUCGUAACAUUUGACAUUCUGGUGGUCGACCUCGUGGCUGCAAGCACAGACUAUCCCAACUACCAUCAACUGGGUUUGGAGAGUUCCGAGGUGUGCCAUCCAUUGGGAAAAACACAAACGAUAUACUUAGGAAGUCUUAAAGAGAAUGCUUUGAUAAUUAAGCAGUCGCACAAAUUUGAGUCUCGUAGAACCGAGAUGAAGUGUAAAUUUAAAGUCCAAGCACCUUUUGAACGAGGACUGUUUGCGGUAAUUCAAAAAAUGUCUUUAAGAUCUCACGUUGUCAAUGGAACUGUUGAAUGCCUAGAUUAUAUAAGGUUUUUAUCAGAAAAUGGUGGUUCAUCCGAUCGUUAUUGUGGAAAAUUGGAAACUAUAGAUGGCACGAGAAGAUUAGCUGAGUCUUCAUUGGAUGAUGAAUAUGAUGAAGAUGAUUCUAAGGAAGACAGCUCAGAGGAAGAACAGAUCGUUAAAGGUUUUGAUGAAUUGAGUAGAAAAGGAAAAAUUACCACAGAAGUAUUUGUUUCAAAACAACCUCUCAAGCGAGGUGAAAAAUUGGACUUAAUUAUAGCGUUUACUCCUUUCAUUGAUUGUGAAAGUUUUAAGAAUGGUGUUUUUGGGGCAACAUCUGUAAAUGGUCCACGUAAAUGUAUUGAAUCUAAAUUACAUUGUGAUAAUGUUAUUAACUGUGCUAGUUCUCAUUGUUCUGAUGAAUACGACUGUACUAACAAAAGAAAUGGAGAAAUUAAGAAAUUAUUAAGGGAAGAUCAAGAAGCAAAAGCCAAAGUGACUUAUGCAGCUGUGACUGGCUUACUUAUUUGUGUAAUUAUACUUACACUGUGUUUAUGGACAUGUCGCAAGUAUAAAAAAUUGUGUUGGUCUUCUGACUGUGCUGGCCCAUCUGUUGUGAAUGAUAGUGCAGUGCAACUACCUAUGCAGAGGAGAGAUCAUAGUGUUUCUCAUCCUUUACCAGUAUCUUCAGCUCCAAUGCUUGAAGUUGCUGUCUCAAAUUCUCCAGAUAAAGAUUUACCACCCAGCUAUGAUUCACUAUUUCCCCCUGCAGCUAAUACCACAGAUAAUGCAUAGUAAAUUGAAGAUUUUAUUCAUGGUAAUGACAUUAUUCUAGUUAUCUAAUGUUUUAAUUAGAUAUUUUAAAUAAUAAAAUAUAUAAGUGGAGAUUUUAAUUAACAAUUUAAUACUUGUACAGAUAAAACAAACAUGAAAAAAGUAGUCCAUUAUGCAUAUGUAACAUAGAACACUUUAUCUUUAAUCAGACUUAGGAAUUAAAUGUUUUUCUUGCUUUGAGAUACCAUCUGUAUGUUUUAUAGUACAAUUAAUGAACAAGUAAACUGAGUGAUCUAGUUGAAAUUAAAAAAAAAAUGUAAAUUAUUCUUUGAAGUGAAUUUUAACAUUUGUAUAUACGUUUAAUCGACAAUAUUGAAACAAAGACCUUGUACUGAUAUAUUUAUAUUUAUAUUGAGAUGUUUACACUAGCAAUAUUUUAUAUUUUUGUACUUGUAUAUAAUCGCAAUGUUUAUACUUAUGCACUUUUUAUACAGUGUAAGUAUAAUGAAACAAAAAUAAAAAUUAUUUAUAAGUCACAAAAAUUAAGAAAAAAUUUUGAGAAAAAGAAUUUUUCCCAUCUGUAGUCUCAAAUAUAGUAGUUUAUUAAAAUUUUUCGAAAAAUUGA